AUGGAGAACUAACACAGGCGAAACUCAAGCCAUGUUGUUUUUUCAUUAUAUACCCAAUCUGUCAUUAGCUAUUGUGGGUCUUUGUGUAUAUGCUAUCUUUACUAUCUACCUAACAGCGCGGAUGUACCUUUCAAAAAGUCCUAAAUUUCUCUACAUUUUAGCAUUCACCGGCUUAAUGGAAACAGUCGGGUAUGCUGUCCGUAUCGCUUGCCAUUACUUUACGGAUCUUGGUCGUUAUGUAGGUAUGACAUUGUUCUUGUUGCUAGCACCUAAUGCGCUCGCCCUGGUGAAUUACAAGACUGUCGGUGAAGUUAUUCGAUUGUCGAAUGUCGAAACAAACAAGUUCUACAUUAAACCCAAGUUUGUCACUUGGUUCUUUUUCAGUAGUGAUAUUUUUUCGUUUGUGCUACAAGGUGCAGGUGGUGGUAUGCAAACCAGUGUCGACCUAAACACAAUUGGUAGAGCCAUCACAUUAGUCGGACUUGGUCUUCAGUUGGUCUUCUUUGCCUGUUUUGCUGGUAUUACUGUCUAUGUUCAUCUGAACCCUCAAUAUCAAUAUCAUGUAAAAGGACAACCCAAUGCUAAGAAGUAUCUUCUGCUUUGCCUUUAUGUUACUAUAUUCUUACUCUAUAUCCGUUCGAUUUAUCGUGUGGCAGAGUAUGCAUCUGGAUACGGUGGUCCAAUUGCUUCCUCCGAAUGGGCAUUUUAUGUAUUUGAUACACUUGUGAUUGCUAUCAGUUUUGCUGUCUAUUGUGUAUUCUUUAUUGGAAACUAUCUUCCCAAACACAAUUCUUCUUUAGAUUCUAUUUUGAACAGUAACGAAACACAGAAAAUGGAUAUAGAAGACAAGCAACAAAUGCGAGACGUAUGAUAAAACCAUAUAGAAAAUGAUCAAAUCACCAAAUGUUGAGUAAUCUGAGAUGAAAAAGUAGCAAAUAAGAUUUAAUAAAUAAAU